UUUAAGGUAGUGUAAAGACUGUUCUUGUUUUCUGUUGUUCAUUCAUCACUAUCUACAUUGACAUACGUUAUCUUAGUUUAUAUUUUAGGUAGUGUAAAGGUUGUUCUUGUUCUAUGUUAUAAUUUACGUAUUAAAAUUGAUGUGUUGGUCUCCUCUUAGUCGUUCAUACGUGGUAACCAUACAUGUUACUUUAUGUAAAUACACAAUAUGUAGUUUGUGAAAACAGAAAAUUCGAUAAAUGUGAAUAUUAUUUCUUAUCUGUGUGAUAUUUCCUCAAAACAUUCGGUAUGUAGACGCGCAGUCAUUACAAUUACCAACUAUGACAAACAUUUUGUGUUGGCGUAUUUUUGGUGCUCGGCGGGUGGAAACCCUUUUCGUGACCUGACAUUUAUAUAGAGUAAACAAUUGAGGAAAACAUUGAAGUUCAAAUUAACGAUUUGUGAGUCUUGUUUCCUUUUGGAGAAAUAUACGACUCAUUUCAUCCAAUCUUCUUACGAGUGGCCCUUCUUGCAUAUCUGAAAUUUGUGCCAUUCUGUAAUUCUCAAUAAACAGUUUACUCAACAGCUACGAAUCCUGUUGGUCAGUCAGCGUCGAUGGCAGGCGUCAUGUUCAACGUUAAAUUUGACGAGAACAUGAAGAGGAUAUUGAAAGAUGAUGAAUACCGGAAUUUAGAGAAGGUGUUUCCAUCGAACGGCGAAGUUGCAAGCUUGGAGCACGAGGAAACGGCAAAAAUAGUGAAAAUCAACCUUAAACAGGAAUAUCUGAAGAUCCAACGGAAAAAAGUGGAAGGUUCUCAGCAUCGAAUCGAAGACGCGAUGGUCUACUUUACCGUGCGCUCCGAAUUGGUCAUUUUGAACGUGCAGACAUAUGUUCAACGCUUUUCUGAUUGGAUUGAUGACAUAAUGUUUAACAAACCCGAUAAUGGAUGGUUUGAGCUUUACACGAAAAUGACGAAACAGGAGAGGUUAGAAAACACGUACAUGGCUGACUUGGACAGCGUUUACACGACUCUGGAAGGAAGCAACGUUUACAGUCUUUACAAACACAAAGGAAACAGUGCAAGAAAUAUUUACGUGUUCUUUGUGCAAGUUGAGCUGAUCGACAAAACCGUUGAAACAUUUGCUUGGCCUUUCCUCUUGAAAACAAAACCGGCUGAUAGGAAAAACCGGUGAUGUGUUACUUAAGUCGUGCUUCGAAACUAUAACUCGACUUGUUUGUUUCUGUUUAUAGCGUCGGUUUCCUGAGCAAAUUACAGCACCACGCAUUGUAUUUAUACGAAUUAUUCAUGCUAGGGAUAGUGGUAAAUUUAAACGGCCUUAGACACUUAGACUCUAAACAUAGCAACAUAAUGAAAACUCAGCUUUCUCUACAUUCGGCACAAGUAUCGACCAAGCUAUUAAUCAAAGUUUACAAAUGCUUAUCCGCUUAUAAGCUUAUGUAAUAAACAGUAAAUAACUUCUUUCGAUCGUUUUUGAAGUCGUUUCAUUGUUAGCAUACAUUCAUAUUUGACAUUACCCGAUGGCAUGCAUGCGAAACUUCCGCAGUUUUUGUGUUCAUUUUGAAAUAACUUUAGGUUUAAAUUUAGAAUGCAUUUUGCUGUGUCUGCUUUUGGCAGUACCAACGUUUUCCAUUGUAUAGUCUACAAGAAUUUAUUUUUAACAAUUUACAGAAAUAAGCAGACUUUUCCUUUUUUAUGCGUUGAAACAUUAGUUAGACAAGUUUUUCUUCUGACUUCUCUCGUUGACUCGAAGUAACUUGCCUCAUUUAAAUAACGUGCGCUUGCCUGGAUGAGAUAUAAGCGGUUACUCCUGACUUAUAAAGGUGAUGUUCUGACAUUAGAUUUGUUCUUAAAGGCGAGUUGAGAAUCUAAGAGCUUCUGUCUCCGAAGAAAAACGAAGGAUCAACGUGAGAACAAUAGCUAUAUCUUGCACGGUAACUUGCACUUGAAGCAGUGACGAUGUUAGAGUCUUAGAGAUGAUGUGUUGACAUUUACUAAAGACUAAAGUUUUCCUAACUGGUGUGAAAUGCUCGCAUCUCGUUCAAAGUAAAACAGCUCUAAUGGUAUCUACGAACCAUGAAGACGAACCCGAACGAUCGUAUCUAUCCUGGCCCUCGCACCGUCUCACAUGACAUGCGCUGUCUGACACAGUCUCCAGAUCAAUGGAAAGCAGCUUUCACAAAUCUUCUGAUCUUAGAUAUGUUCAUAAGACACCUAUGACACGGCCUGGAAACAAAGAUUAUACCUAUGUAUAACUAUGCAGAAAAUUCAGUUUCGUUGUCUUUAUCAUCGCCUAUGUGCAAAUGCCUUCCAUAUUCUUCUCAUUGAAACAAAACGAUAGUUAACCCUGGCUUUAGAUAACCCUGGCAUUCAUCAUCAGGUCCACUCCACGUCCGCUCUUAGCUGGCUUGACAUUGGGUUGAUCUGGGCUCGAAAUCAGUUCCGCGGGUCGAGAUAAUAUUCUAAACAUCCUAAGCUAACCACCAUUAACACCUUUACACUGACAAGAUGGAAGAAAGAACACGAGAGUGUGCUCGCGCUUUCGACUUCCAGAUAAGUUUGAUGGACUUUUGAGCCCAUGCAUCAUAUAACCCUUACCCUUGAGAUGUGUGCUGGGCUGACGUUUGUAUUGUUACGUAGGAGGGUCGUCCAUUAUACGUGCAUUAAAUUUUCGAACUUUUAACACACGCCACCCCUUUGUACACAAACUCUUUUUGUAAAUGUACGUCAUGAUCAUGAUCAUGACCCCUCUUCUGUGCAUGCUGACUAAAUGGAUGACGGCUAGCUUGUUCACUCGGCUUAUAUGCUUAUGGCAUGCACUCUCAUAGGGAGUUAUAUGGUGUUCUUAAUCCAGUAUUAUUUUUGAGAUCAGUGAUUGCUGAUGAAGUCAUGUUUUACUGGUCUAUUAUUAUUGUCACGAAUUAAUUGUAGUAAAUUAUCAGUGAAGUGUUGAGGACGUUGUACUAAAAGCAAAAGCUCGUUGAAUUCUAAUAACUUUGGCAAAUUGCAGCCGGUUUUCUUCAAAUAUAUAUCAAAAAUUUGAAAUGUUGAAGUUCUAUCUCGCAAAGUAAAACAAUGUCUUUAUUAUCCUACGUGUCGUUCGUGGCGACUGUGAACAAUGUUUUGUUCUUCUCCACUGGAAUUCUCACUUGUCGAAAGAUUAUUAGAAGCAACAGCACCGACAAUGUGUCUCAUUUACCUUUUCUCAUUACAGCAUUCAGCUCGUUUAUGUGGGUUAUGUAUGGACUGAGCAAAAAGGAUUCAACAAUUGUCUUAGUGAACACAAUUGGAAUGAUACUACAAUGCACAUAUUUAAUUUGUCAUUUUAUUUAUUCUAAGUCAGAACCGGUGUUUCGUCACACAGUUUACAUCAUGCUGCUGACAUGCAGCCUUCUUAGCUAUUUCAAGUUUUACCUCCCAAACGAAGAAGAAUCUGUUAAUUUGAUGGGGCUGACCUGCGUGGUCAUUACAGUCAUUAUGUUUGGAUCACCUUUGCUUUCUUUUGCAAAAAUAUUGAGAACUAGGAGCUCGGAAUCUCUGUCGUUUCCUUUGUCCAUGAUGACCGUGUUGAAUUCUGGUUUAUGGCUCUUGUAUGGUCAUCUCAUUAACGAUGUUUAUAUUGUUGUACCGAAUGUUCUUGGUUUAAUCUUGGGCCUUUUACAGAUUGUCUUGUUCUGUUUGUUUCCAUCAAGUGGCAGGCCAGUUGUUGUUUCAUUGUGAAUGAUUUUCAUAUAGUUUUUCAAGGAUUUACAAUUGUAUGAAGUGCGCUACGAUUUUAUCCGAUGGAUUUCUUAAUCCUGCUGCAAGCACAAGAGGAGGGAGGGGGGGGGUUGUGUGCUCAAGUAUGGUGGCAUUUUCUUGUUUCAAUGAAAUAACGGAGAAUGUAAUUACAUAUUUUUAUUGAUUGAA